AUGUCGCGCCGACAUUCUUCGCGUCCUAGUCCACCGACUGUCGCUUUGCCACCGCUUUUUCAGCUAGCCCGCUGCUCCCUUGAGCAGAUUACCAAGGCUCUUGAUAAUCUCUGUGCUAUCUAUAUCGACACUCCGUCCCUCGUCCUCACAAAGUCUUCGCUUCCAGGACACCUUCAUCAGCACCGCAUACACGACACCUCUGUACCUGAUUCCGGGUAUGCUUCAGCCGAAGAAGACGAGGAUGAUGAUGAUGAUUUCCGAGAUGCAGAACCUUACGACGUCGAUAUUCUUCUCUCGGAUACCUUUGAGCGCGAGUAUGCCAUUCGCUGGCUUACUGGUUUCACUGCACGUUCCGACGCUUGGGUCUUGUCCGUCGACUCGGAAGCAGACGCUCGAGCUGCCCUCGUGGAUACAGCCGCCUCCAUCCUCGCCUCACUCUCUGGAGAUGAGGAAGAGCAGCCUCUAACUCGCAAAUUUAUGUUCCCGACAGUGGCAGGGGAAGUCGACGUCGAGCUCAAUGACGCUCCCCUGCUCAGCGAGGAUCAUACCUCCGUCGGAUUGCAAAGCUGGGCGAGCUCGAUCCUCCUCGCGGAACGCAUUUGUGCAUCACCGGAAGCUUUCGCACUCACUGCUUCGGAUGCGCGCAUGCCAAGGGUGCUGGAACUCGGCGCGGGCACCGGUCUGCUUAGUAUUGUUUCCGCGAAAGUGCUCCAGCGACAAUCAUCCGAACCUCGUAUGCGGCCUUGCGUUAUAGCCACGGAUUACCAUCCCUCCGUGCUCUCUAAUCUCCGGUCGAAUGUCGAUACCAACUUCGUCCACCCGUUUCCGGUUGCGGUGCAGUCCCUGGAUUGGCAGCAGCCCACGUACGACGGCGAGUUGGAGCGGCCGUUCGACGUUAUACUCGCUGCGGAUGUUAUAUACCAUCCGGAGCACGCGCGGUGGAUCAAGAACUGUGUCGAGCACACCCUUGUUCGCCCGGAUGAUGUGGUCCGAGGGGGACUGUUGUGGCUAAUAAUCCCGCUGCGCCGAACGGGUCGCCACGAGGGCAUGAGCAACACCGUCGAGGAAGUUUUCCCGCAUGUGUCGACUAUAGGACGUCGGGUGACGAAGGUCCUGGAAUUAGCCAUCUUGCGCGUCGAAGAACUCGAACGACAUGCAGGAGUCGGCCGGGCAGACGAGGGCGGCUACAAGUUAUACGAGAUAGGCUGGGUACAAGCAAGCAGGCCAGCAGCUGAGUAG